AUGGAACCCGUCCUCCAUGGUGUGCAGGACCUCAUGGUGAAGUGCCGAUCGCUCUUCCGGUGGCACGGCAGUCUGAUCAUCGUCGCUGGUGUGGCCUCAUUAAUCGCCUUGAAGGCUCUUAAGCGCAUGAAGCGUACCAGGGUGGAUCUCCAUGCACUCUUUGGUGGACCAAACCAUCUUCUUCCGGUCCUCGGCUUCAUCCCGAAGUCAGUGGAUCACCUCUACUACGCCUCGGAGAUCUAUGCUGAUACCUACGGUGGUGUUUACCACAUGAGAUUCGUCGGUGGAGACAUGAUUGUCGUAUCUGAUCCUGAGCUUAUUCGACAAGUUCUGAAUGCACGCCCGAAGACCUACAUAAAGCCCUUCAAUAAACACAAGAUUGUGCCUGUGGAUGGUAUGUUUACUACAGAAGGUGAAGUGUGGAGGCGGAAUAGACGAUUGGGUGCGCCGGCAUUCAACGACAUCAACUCAUCGGCUAUGAUUCCCGAUAUGUCCAAAGUUGCCUUGAGGCUGAUACAACAGUUGAAGUCCCUCAGUCAAGACGGUGUCAUCGUAUGGUGCCCCACAGGAUGGCUUCCCCUCUGCACUUUGGAUAUCUUAUGUGUCACCACUCUCGGGAAGGAUUAUAAUUUCGUGAAUCCAGAUGGUGUGUCUCUCGGACAACAGUCCGGAGAGCUGCAGCUAGCGAUGGAAGAGCUAUUGCUGGGCUCGGGUUACGCUGCCCAACGUAGUGCUAUAGCAUGGACGACACGAGAUAGGUUCCCAUGGAAUCUCAAUCCGAUGAUUAGACAGAUGCACUCUGGGGCGAAGCAACUGAGAAGAAUAUGUGAUGAGAUCAUCGCCAAACGCCGAGCGGAGCGGGACGCGGGAGAACGAGGGGAAAGACGCGACUUGCUCGACAAACUUCUGCAUCUCGACGAAGCCGACCUGCGAGGGAACCUUAUGACGUUCCUCAUUGCUGGUAGUGACACCACCGCUACGACUGUCGCCUGGUGUCUCUGCUAUCUGGCCCUAUACCCUGGAAUACAGGACAAGGCCAGGGCCGAGGUGGAUGGCCUUGGGCAUGAUCCCGAUACGAUAGAGGAUCUGGAGGAGCUAGUCUAUAUCAAGUGUUGUAUACUCGAGGCCCUCAGGUUGGAGCCACCGGCUGUGCUCCUCCUCCAUGAGUGUACCCAUGACACGGAGCUUAACGGCCACCAGAUCCCUUCCGGGACAAAUGUGAUGACCCUCCUUCGCAAGGUUAUGAUUACGGAGUCUCAGGGCGGCAAAACCUUCAAUCCCGAGCGUUGGCUUCUCCCCGGCGGCUCCUCGAUAGACCAAGCCCGUGUACGUGAUCAUCUAGCAUUCGGUGGAGGGCCUCGCCAAUGCCCUGGACAGAACAUGGCCAUCAAGGAGGCUGUGGUGAUCUUGACUCUCAUCCUGAGGCAUUUCCAUUCCAUGACAUUGGCCUGUCCCACUGCUACUGUUCGUGGCGAAGCGAGAUUGUCAUACAAACCUCAGAGUCUCGAGCUGAAGAUGCGUCAACGACUUAGCUAG